UUGAAAAGUGUUUCUUUUUUCAAAAAGCAAGAUUUAAGUGUUUGAAAUCUUAAAAGAACAUAUAAGAAAAUAUACUUACAACAGGAUCAAAUCUAUGGCAAAUGUUAAACCCUAAUUUAAGAGUUCAUGAAUGCACUUGUUCUUUCUAAAGAAAGAAAUCUCAUCAGAUGUCAUUCCUAAUGGCAUUAAAGACUUUAUACUUCUUUUGGAGCAUUUUAGAGCUCACAUUCUCCUUUUUGUAUUGGACUGAUGUCCUUUUCUGUAUCCCUGCUGCAUGGAAUAUGCUUGCCCUCUUCCUCUCUUGUUAUUUGGUGUCUUCACAAUCAGUAUUUCAUAAUAUUGGCCUAUGAGUCAACAGUUCAUAGCUUCUAACCAGUUGGGACAGACACUGUUCAGCUAUGAUCCAUUUUUCUUGUGAAAAACAGGCAUAUACAGUAACUGCCACUUAAGAAAUCUGAGUCCUGGAUUUUUGAGAGCAGGAACUUUCCAACAAUGCAAGAAAUAAAUGAAUAGGCUAAAAAAUCAGACAAUAGAAAAAACAAAGGAUUUAAAUUUCUGUACUGUAGUUGCCAUAUAGGGGUGCUGAUCUCAAUCAUGUCCCCCCAUGCCUAACUUUUUGGGGAAAAAAAUUAUAAUUUCUAAUUUUGAGAUUUGCUCCUUCUACAAAUAUUAUGCAUCUUGAAGUGAUGAAAGUGGCCAUUAAACAUUAUAGGGGAUCCAGCUCUUUGAAAAUCCAAUGUAGUCCUUCAAUACUAUAAAUACCUCAAUUCUCAAACAAUACUAUUUUUUAAAGCUGUGAUGUCAAGAGAGUUUGAUUUUUUUUAGGGGAAGAAAAUUACUUCUAGUCCUUGGAGUGGGGGUCCUGGGAGGGGAAGACAACCUUUUGCUUCAAUGAAGAAAAUGGGUAUAAAAAAGAACGAUCAAUGUUAGAGAAUCUCAUUUUAUUCAUUUUACCAAGUAUUGGAUACUUCCAAGCCCCUCCAGAGCAGCAAUGUUUUAGAAAGAAAGCAUUGAUUUUGUGAUCACAACAAAGGAAUGCCUGCUUACUUCAGACAGGGUAAUACAAUAUCGGUCUCUCUGAUUCCCUGUAGAAAAAUGGUAUUAGUGUAAGGGGACACUAUAAUAUUACAAAAUCCUGAAGGAACUGCUUGAGUACUUAUUCACUAUAAGGAUGCUGAGGUAACAAAACUGCUGUCUUCCAAUAAAAUACAUUUAAAGGAAUUGUUUUGUCAUAGUAUUAGGCUGUAAAAGGCAUUACACAGCACAGCUGCUAAUAUUAUCAGCCACUGUUAAUAAAAUUUAAUUAGUACAAAUGUUGAUUAAAGGCCAGAUUCAAUAUAUGUUUGUUAAUAUGUAAUCUUUUUAAGCUUAGUUCAGUGCUUAAUCAUAUCCUCCUGAAACAUGGAAAAGAGUUGGAAAAAUAUUUUUUCUGGAAGGAAGAAUGUGUAAUGGGAAUAGGGAGAGGGACACUGCUAGUUUUACUUUUUCUUUUUUGUUCAUCAAACCUUAUUAUCUUCUGGAAAGACCUGACAUCUUCUCAAUCAGCAGGAAGUCAAAUGUUAAGCAUCCAUACACCACACAACAAUCAAAUUCAUUCCUUUAUGGAGUGCUCCCAUUUUUCACUUUGAAAAAAAUCAGCACAACUUGAUUUUUUUCAAUGUGAGAGGCCUACCUAAAAUGCAGUUAGAUAAUAAACUGAUACAUAUCUACUCAUAGAUGAGAACUAUUUUCUAUCAAAUAUUUCUUCUAUACUGUUAGUUACUAUUUCUUCUAUACCAAGUCAGUUACAAUGCCUUUGGCUACAACCUUCUCUUUGGCACUGUUUGGGACACUCCAUCUAUACUUAUAAGGAAAGCAAGCUGUGAUGCUCAAGGAAUACAAGGUGUAGCUCUUUUAUUUUCCUAGCACACAGCAUGUAAGAGUAGUCCCAUUCAUUCUCUCACCAUCAUUUUCCUAUAUGCCACAACAUUUUGUGAAAGGGCAACAGAGAGAUCCCAAGCUGCAGCCCACCACAUAGCACCCUUCUGCCUUUGACUCAACUGUGGUUCUAUCAGCUCUCCUUAUCAUAGCUCACUGCUAAUCAGGAUGAGGAAAGGAAACAUUUUCCCUCCCAGGUAAAACUAGAAAGGACUUUUUUUUAAAGGUACCAGAUGAUUCAGACUGAAGUAGUUUCAUUGCUCAUGAAGAGUGAUUUUACACGUAUGCAAUUCUUCGUGCUGCAAAUAGCAUAAGGAAAAGAAUAAUCACAAUACUCCCACAAGUUUAGGCAAGACUGACCAGUAGUCAAAUCUGUAACUCAUGCUUCACUUUCUGGAAAAAUGUUUAGAUGAUCAGCCUCUCCAAAGGGAGAACUGGCCAGCAAGAUCAUCACUAAUGAUUUUGGCAGUCAAAUGACUAAAGGUUACAAGCAGAUACUUCUUUAUUAUACCAGUGCCUACGUUUACCCAAUAUUCUAAGCCAUAACCAUUAUUUAGAAAUUACAUUAGCAAGUUUGCACAGUAUCCCAAGCCAAAACUAAAUUAUAUUAUGGUUUGAAGUGAUGUGAAAUCCAGGGUCUAUGUUUUACUGCUAGUCAGCUGACUUUCAAAGCUUUGCAAUGGGCCUUUAAAUCAGGACUUGGGAUUAGCACUGCAGUUUUAUAUAAAUACUUUGGAACAGGGCCAUUUAGUUAGGGGUGCCAAAGUGGUCUGAAAAGGAGUUGCCAAGCCUGUUUUUUGUUUGUUUUCAGUUGAGUUUGUAAGCAAAGAGGGAGGACAUUCCCCUGUGUUUAAAAUAUAAGUCAUCCUACUCUGUUCAGGGCUGGAGUAUAGUUCCAUCAAGCCGGUGUUGGGGACAAUAGGAAUUAUAAUCAACAUAAGGAGAGGACCUCAUAUUGUUGAAUUCUGCUGUAAAUAAAUGGGCAAAUUUUUCAGUGGGCUGCCCUCAGAGUACUAAAUUUCAUCACAGACCAUAAUAGCUGGAUUACACAUAAUUGCUUUGUGAUAAUUGAUUGUCAGGCCGACAUCUAGUAAGGGCGUCCUAAAAAAUGCUUUUAAAUCUCUGCCUACAGCCAAUUCGCAUCUUCUGUUCCUUAAAUGAUCACGUGAGCCUACCCAUUCAACAUCCAGAGAUAGUUGCGUCCUUAGAGCUUCAAAGGCUCGAUAGGAGUGCUAAGCAUAGGCGCGCUUGCCAGCGUUCGUCGCGAUGUUGCAUCCAUACAAUUCUCUUAGCAGUGUUAUGGUGUGGCUCGCAACUUCCCAAUGUAGCCAACAACCCUGCCAUUCCCGGGUGAUCUCUUCUCCAAGUACUAACCAUGAGGGGAAGUCUUGCUUAGCUUACGAGUCAAUCAAGAAAGGCCGGCUAAGUGGCAUUGCAAUUCACUUCACGCACACUAUAAUCAGUGUCCUUUAUUUCCGAGUAAAGUUGCAUAAACUCGGCCUUCUGACAAGUCAGGUUUUCUUUACGAAAUUUUGGCUGGCCUCCGUCCGCAACGAUACCAGACUUUGCCUACUCUACAUGUACUAUCAGGUAAAGAUCGUCGGUGGCGUAUGGCUACUGUGUCAGCAUGCAGAAACCGGCGGAGAGCAGGUUUUCGGGGCAGAAUAAAAACCUCAGGCGAACUUUAUGCUCCUUUCAGUGCGUAUAUAAGGGCCUCAAGGGGCGCUCUUCGGGAAUCUCUCCGGCUCUGAUUCUCGCAGGCGUCGCUCUCGAAGAACGCGUCGUUGCGUGCGCGUUUGGCGCGUGGCGGCGGCGGCUCCCGCGACCCUCUGGUGCCGCUUCUUUCUCUUUCCUCGGUCUCGCGCUCUUCCACGGGGCUUCCUCCGAGUCUUUCCUUCCGCCCAGCGCGGCGCUGCCUGGAGGAUACCGCGGGAUGUCGGGAGCGGUGGCAGGCGGCGGGCCCGGACCCGUGNCUCAGGGACUGAAAGAAGCGCUGGUGGAGACCCUGAACGGGAUCCUCUGCCCGGUGCAGGGCGUUCGUGCUGCGGCCGAGGAGCAGGUGAAGGUGCUGGAGGUGACGGAGGAAUUUGGUGUUCACUUGGCAGAGUUGACUGUAGAUCCCCAAGGAGCACUGGCUAUUCGUCAGCUAGCAUCUGUGAUUUUGAAACAAUACGUGGAAACUCACUGGUGUUCCCAAUCAGACAAGUUUAGACCUCCUGAAACUACAGAAAGGGCAAAAGCUGCCAUUAGGGAACUGCUCCCCAAUGGGUUGAGGGAAUCAAUUAGUAAAGUACGCUCAAGUGUUGCUUAUGCAGUUUCAGCAAUAGCACAUUGGGACUGGCCUGAAGCUUGGCCUGAACUUUUUAAUCUCCUGAUGGAAAUGCUGGUCAGUGGAGAUCUAAAUGCAGUGCAUGGAGCUAUGCGAGUGCUUACAGAAUUCACUCGAGAGGUAACAGACACACAGAUGCCCCUUGUUGCUCCAGUUAUUCUUCCAGAGAUGUACAAGAUUUUUACAAUGGCUGAGGUGUAUGGUAUUCGUACAAGAUCACGUGCUGUAGAAAUCUUCACCACUUGUGCACAGAUGAUCUGCAACAUGGAAGAGUUGGAAAAGGGAGCAGCCAAAGUUCUGAUUUUCCCUGUGGUGCAGCAGUUUACUGAAGCCUUUGUUCAGGCCUUGCAAAUGCCUGAUGGGCCUACAUCAGAUAGUGGACUUAAAAUGGAAGUUUUAAAGGCAGUGACAGCUUUAGUGAAAAACUACCCAAGACACAUGAUUUCCUCUAUGCAACAGAUUCUUCCUAUUGUUUGGAAUACACUUACAGAAAGUGCAGCCUUCUAUGUGAGAACAGAAGUAAAUUAUACAGAAGAAGUGGAAGAUCCAGUCGAUUCUGAUGGUGAAGUUUUGGGCUUUGAAAACCUAGUUUUCAGCAUAUUCGAGUUUGUUCAUGCUCUGUUAGAAAACCACAAGUUUAAAAGCACAGUGAAGAAAGCAUUGCCUGAAUUAAUAUAUUACAUCAUUCUCUAUAUGCAGAUAACAGAGGAGCAGAUAAAAGUCUGGACAGCUAAUCCACAACAGUUUGUUGAGGAUGAAGAUGAUGAUACAUUUUCCUAUACAGUUAGAAUUGCUGCACAGGACUUAUUGCUGGCUGUGGCAGCUGAUUUCCAGAAUGAAAGUGCAACAGCUUUGGCUGCAGCAGCUACACGACACCUGCAGGAAGCGGAGCAAGCAAAAAACAGUGGUGCUGAGCAUUGGUGGAAGAUACAUGAAGCUUGCAUGCUGGCUUUAGGUUCUGUCAAGUCUCUUAUCACGGACUGUGUAAAAAAUGGAAGGAUACAUUUUGAUAUGCAUGGGUUUCUAACCAAUGUUCUUCUUGCUGAUCUCAACCUGUCAGUUUCGCCUUUCCUUCUUGGCCGUGCUCUUUGGGCUGCCAGUCGCUUCACAGUAGCAAUGUCUCCAGAGCUCAUCCAGCAAUUUCUACAAGCAACAGUCAGUGGCCUUCAUGAAACACAACCUCCUUCUGUGCGAAUUUCUGCAGUAAGAGCUAUUUGGGGCUACUGUGACCAACUGAAGAUCUCUGAAAGCACCCAUGUCUUACAACCUUUCCUUCCUAGUAUCCUUGAUGGAUUAAUACAUUUGGCAGCUCAAUUUAGUUCAGAGGUUCUCAAUCUUGUGAUGGAAACACUUUGCAUUGUCUGCACAGUAGAUCCAGCCUUUACAGCAAGCGUGGAGAACAAGAUUUGUCCCUUCACGAUUGCAAUAUUUCUCAAAUAUAGUAAUGAUCCAGUUGUUGCUUCCCUUGCCCAGGAUAUUUUUAAGGAACUAGCACAAAUAGAAGCCUGUCAAGAUGCAAUGCAGAUGAGAUUAAUUCCAACUCUUGUCAGCAUCAUGCAAGCUCCUGUUGAUAAAAUUCCAGCAGGGCUUUGUGCAACUUCAAUAGACAUAUUAACAACUGUUGUAAGAAAUACUAAACCACCCCUUUCAGAGCUCUUAAUUUUCCAAGCUUUUCCUGCUGUGGCUCAGUGUAGCCUGCACACAGAUGACAAUGCUACCAUGCAGAAUGGUGGCGAGUGUUUACGUGCAUACAUCUCAGUAGCUCUGGAACAAAUUGCACAGUGGCAUGAUGAGCAAGGCCACAAUGGAUUGUGGUAUGUGAUGCAGGUGGUGAGUCAACUUCUGGAUCCACGCACCUCAGAAUUCACAGCUGCCUUUGUAGGCAGGCUAGUUUCCACAUUAAUUUCCAAAGUUGGGAGUGAAUUGGGAGAAAAUCUGGAUCAGAUUCUCAGAGCAAUUCUUAGUAAAAUGCAGCAAGCAGAAACACUCACUGUAAUGCAGUCUUUGAUCAUGGUAUUUGCUCACUUAGUUCAUUCUCAGCUGGAACCACUACUAGAAUUCCUUUGUAGUUUACCUGGACCAACAGGCAAGCCUGCUCUGGAAUUUGUAAUGUCAGAGUGGAUGAGUCGACAACAUUUGUUCUAUGGACAAUAUGAAGGGAAAGUCAGCUCUGUAGCUCUGUGUAAGCUACUCCAGUAUGGUAUCAACACAGAUGACAAGCGACUCCAAGAUAUCAGGGUAAAAGGGGAAGAAAUAUUUAAUAUGGAAGAAGGAAUACGUACACGAUCAAAAGCAGCCAAAAAUCCUGAGCGCUGGACCAAUAUUCCUUUGUUAGUUAAAAUCUUAAAGCUGAUAAUAAAUGAGCUUUCUAAUGCGAUAGAAGCAAAUGCUUCUCGACAAACUGCUGCAGAAUGGAGCCAAGAGGACUCCAAUGAUAUGUGGGAAGAUCAAGAAGAUGAUGAGGAAGAAGAGAAUGAAGGGUUAACAGGACAGCUAUUGUCAGAUAUUCUUGCCACCAACAAAUAUGAUGAAGAUUAUUAUGAAGAUGAUGAUGAAGAUGAUCCAGAUGCACUGAAGGAUCCUCUGUAUCAGAUAGAUUUACAGGCUUAUCUUACAGACUUCUUAUGCCAGUUUGCCCAGCAGCCUUGCUAUGCAAUGUUCUCAGACCAUCUCAAUGAGAAUGAAAGAAGAGUUCUUCAGACCAUUGGCAUAUAAAUCCAGAGUAGUUGAUCAUAUCUAACCAACAUUUUCUGGUUUAUUUCACAUUUGUGACCUAAACAUGAAACACCUUCCUUUAUUCACAAGAUAUUACAGAUACAGUUAUUCUUUAUUUGGAAGUACUGCUCGUGAUUUAGAAGGCAACAAAAGGCAGAUAUGCAUGGAGUUUUGCAUAUUGAAUUCGCACAAUGGGAACACUAUUCUUCUGAUAAACUUUCCAGUUUGGCUCUAAAUAUUUUUUCCUCCACUGAAAGGCACUUCACUGACUUUACAGUACAGUUUAAUGAAAUGAGGAAGAAGUUGUUGUCACUAGCUUGUUUAUAUAGAAACUGGGAAGUAUCCCGCUUCACAUUUUUGUUAUGCAGGGUAUAUUAUCUUGAUCUAACCAGAUGACAUCUUUUUAUAUAGACAUUUGGAAUGAAAUGGAAUCUGCUUCCAGUCCAAUACUUUGAAUUAAAACCUGAAAAAUAAAAAUGUUAAAAUGUUUCCAUUUAUAGAAAACCUUGGGGCUCUGCCAUUUUCGUAAUCUGCACUAAAACUAUCAUGCACCCAUAUUGAGCAGACUUGCUACAUUAAAACUCAGUUCCUGUGAUUAUUGAUGACUUUUGUUUAGAAACCAAACUUUUUUUAUAUGAAACUGAUUGUAUUUAACUUGUUUAUUUACUUCAUGAAUCCAUUUCUCCAAUACUGUUUGCUUUGUUCACACACAGGAUUAUAGAACUGGCUAAACUGUAGUCCACAAAUUAGUAUAAGUAUUUUUUAUAGGGCAGUAAAAUUAAUAUUGCUGGUUACUCUGCAAGUCAGUACGCCGAUGCAUCUCCCAACACCUUUUUGCCUUUUUCUCCCUUCUGGGAAAUGAAAUAAAACUAUUCAAACAUAAAUUGGUAUUGUUCUUUUUAAAAUUCAGAAAAGAAAAUGGUACCCUUUCUCUUGAACAACAAAUUCUCUUUUAAUCACCACUGAGAAUACUGUAUUUCUGUAUAGGUAUGGAAAGCAACUUUCUGCUUAAUGUGUACUGCUACAUUAACUAAUCUGUGUUGACUUCACAUGGUUUGAAGCGUGAAACUAAAUGAAAUUUGCUUCUAUUAAAUGCCUAUUACAAGAAGCAUUUCUGGCUCAUCAAAAAGCCAGGACUUGCACAGAGUUAUAGAUAAGUAGUUAGACACAUAGUAUAUCUCUGACCUCCUUGACAAAGACAAUAUGUAUGAAAGCAACUAUGUAAGUAUUUCUCUCCUAUGAAUGAAGUAAAUCUAAUGGAAACUAAAUUUUAGCAUUCCACAACUGCUGAGAAACUGUC